AUUUUAUUCACACACAUAAAUCACACACAUAUGCAUGUAUGUAUGUAUGGCGAAGAGAUUAUCAUCAUCAUCGUCGGCGGCGGCAGCUCUGAACAAAGGUUCAUGGACAGCAGAUGAAGAUAGGAAACUAGCUCAAUGCAUAGAGAUGCAUGGCCCCACCAGGUGGAAAUUUUUGGCUCUCAAAUCAGGGUUGAAUAGGUGUGGAAAGAGUUGCAGAUUGAGAUGGUUGAACUAUCUUAGACCAGAUAUCAAGAGAGGCAAUAUUUCUGAUGCUGAAGAGGAUUUGAUACUCAGGCUUCAUAGGCUCCUUGGAAAUAGGUGGUCGUUGAUUGCAGGAAGACUUCCGGGAAGAACGGAUAACGAGAUAAAGAACUAUUGGAAUGCACAUCUAAGGAAGAAGGCAAAGUUAAUGGAGAAGUUACCAGCACCAAGCUCAACUGCAACAAUAUUGCAAGAUAAUAAUAACGAAGAUCGCGAAAAAACAGUGGGAAGUAGCUGCAGUACUGGGGCUGUAGAGAUUAUAAAAGAAACACAAGAAAGUAAAGAUCGAGACGAAUACUGGAGCUCUGACGACGACGAUGAUGGUGGUGGUGAUGUUGAACGCUUUGAUUCCUCAAGAAAAGGAACCAAAGGAUUGAAUUGGGUCAAAACUUUUCUUGAACUUGAGGAAGAAUCUUAAAUCUUUUGGAUGGAUGGAUAUCAAGAAUUUGUAAGCAAAAUUCUAUAUUAAAUGGUCCGUUAACCUCGUUUCGUUUCGUUUUUUUAACGUAGUAGCUCUACAAUUAAAGAGUUAAAGGUUGUUUUAUUUGAUAGAUAAAUUAAAGUCAAUAAGGUCCAGUUAUGUAACAAUAUAUGUAACUCAUAUUUGUGGUCUAUCUCCUCUACAUUAUGAAUUAUAUUUGUGGCCC